AUGGCGACGAUGAAUAUGGGCUUUCUGCCCACGAUCAAAUGCUCCAACUGCGGAAACAAUGUUGAGAUUUCGGCCAUGGGCGACCAUAUGCAUCAUGUUGACUCUCGACCCCUCCCGGACAGCCCCUAUUGCAACGAUUCCUCCAUCACCACCCCCUCCGCGGGGCUGGACGCUCCAGACCGACUGACGACGGCCAUGGCGGCCAAACCCGGUCGGUCUGGAGCGCCCCCUCGCAUCGACCCUUCGAUCGCAAAUCGCGCAUUCCUCCAACCAAACAUGCCCACGCCGGCGAGCAGUAUUGGGUCGCAGAUGCCGUCCCCUCUUUCGAUUCACUCGGCCCUCCGUUCUCCAAUGCAUUUGCCGUCGCCCACCACCCAGGUGUCGCCGGAUGACGAGUCGGUGAUCGACCUGGAUACAGUAUUUUCCUUCCCCAUGCCUGGUAAUCGGUCGCCGGCCCUUGUGGGAACCCCUGGGAGAAUGGGUGAUGGCCCAGUGCCCCCAGCGCGGUCCCCAGCGCGAUCCCCAGCACCAACGCCGUCUCCGCGACUGGGGUUAGAGCUGGUCCCAGAGAAUAUAGAGCUCCCACCCAGUCCCCUCCCACCACAACCGGAGUCGACAGAGAUGGGACAUCGCCGGGGUGAUUCAAUGGCCAGCCACAGCAGCUACCGCACCUCUCUGGCGAGCACUCGCUACGGCAGUUCGACCGCGCGGUCGUCGACCCAUAGCUUCACUCGUGGCUUCCGCUCAUUCAUGGACGAUACUCCGCCAGUGCCGCCAGCACCCCUCCGCACUCCCAACAAAUCAUCUUUUCCUCGCGACUCAAACCACUCGGUGAGCUCUGCCUAUCCUAGCGACCGAGGAGAAGCCUACAGUGGAUUUAAUUUUGGCACCUCGCCCGCCCACAACCACAACGCGACUGGUCUCCAUGACCUUCCGGAGGAAAGCUCGCUCAAUCAGUCUAGAGUCAACCAUAAUCAUGAUUACCAACCCUAUGUAUCGAGCCGCCUACACCCGGCAGAUGCAGAGGCAGGGAGCGACGCCCCCAGGAAGAACUCGGACGCGACGAGCGAAAGUGCCAUUUCAAUAACCAAUUUUGCCCGCGCUCUGGGCUUGGACGAUCAUCAGGCUCAUAAGCCCGAAGGCUCGAUGUCGUCCGAAUCGUCCCCGUCGGACACUCGAAGCGGAAGUUCCAUGUCCAGCCUUCCCUCCGAUACCAGCUUGAACCGGCAUAAGACAUCUGAUCCCCUCAACUUGGGCCCUUUGGUGGAAGCACUUCCUCCACGAACGCGACAAACCAUCCUGGAACUGCCUGGCCGCAUCCGCAGCACAAUGGACGAUGUGCCCCCGAUUCCUGCGGUCUUCUUCAGCCCUGAUUCUCCGACGGAUCCGGCGAUUGGCCGAGGCGGUCUAUCACUGAUUGCUGAGAAGCGUGAGAUAGCCCCCGCCAAGCAGCAGCAACCCCAGGAGCCCCCUUCACCUCGUCGGCCGAUUCAGCGCUCGGCAACAGCACCGAUUCCUCGGCCCGCAACCAGCUCAGGAAGCCGCUCCAAGGGUAACUGUAAGGGGUGUGGCGAGGCGAUCAUGGGCAAGUCCAUCUCGUCAUCGGAUGGCCGUCUCACCGGGCGAUAUCACCGCGGAUGCUUUGUUUGUUUUGAAUGCCACUCCCCCUUCCAAACCGCCGAUUUCUAUGUCCUCAACAACCGGCCUUAUUGUGCCCAGCACUACCACGAGCGCAAUGGAUCCCUGUGUUCGACUUGCCACCAUGGUAUCGAGGGGCAAUACCUCGAGACAGUCGAACAGAAUGGCGGCCAUCCCGAUCGACGACGAUUCCACCCCGAUUGCCUGCAAUGUCGAACGUGCCAUGUGUCGCUCAAGGGAGACUACUUCGAGUGGAACGGCGAAGUUUACUGUGAACAAGAUGCCCGGCGUGCUGCAAAUGCCUACUACCGGCCACCACCGGGGCCGUCGGGAUCGCUGAGACCGCCAGGCCCGUCCGGACCGCCCGGUCGUCGACGACCCACGAUCGGAUCUUCUCCUCUGGCACAACCUCGUGGCAAUCCGCCGGCCGGUUACCCACCUCCACCCUCGCCGGCGCCGAGCAGCGCGGGGGCUCGCCUCGGUCCACGGUACCCAUCCGGGGGGGCCAGGCGCUUCCCCGAGCGGAGAACCACCAAGCUCAUGAUGAUCUGA